GGGGGGGGGGGGCGGAAAAAAAACUGGCAGUGCUCGCUGAUGCUAGGAGGAAGCAGCGGUUGAGUGCGUCGCCCAGUCCACUGCCAAAGAAUGCAACGACGACCCCCACAAUCAUCCGUAGUGGGCUUGCUUAUAAAUAGCAGUGCUCUUCACUUGCAGCUCCCCAUCGACAGCAGAGCUCGCAAAACCUCCACACCUUCCUGAAAUAGCCACUAGCUUCAGGUUCUCUGAGCUCCCUUAUCACUCUCGCUCUCAGCCUUCCUCGCUGAUCCAUAUAGGUUGCCAGCUACCAGCCCCAUUAACUGAUGGAGUUUGACCUGCUCAAUUACAGCCCGGAAGCGCAGCUGGAGCUGAUGAACACGAUGCUCCAGCUGGAGCAGCUCACCAAGCUCGACGGCGGCCAUGAGUCGUUGAUGGCGCCCGUCUCGCCGCCGGUAUCCCCGGUGCAAACCCAUGCAGCCCACUGCUUCUCGCCUCCGCCACACGUGUCGGCGACCGCGGCCGCCACCGGCUACUACCCCGAUCAGGGCACACCGCCGGCCGCGUACGCCGGCAGUAUCGGCCUCGAGCACCUCCAGGUCGACUACGUGCUGUCCCCGUGCGCCGACACCGCGGCGCGGCCGGCGGGGUCGCCGUCGCCGACGUCGUCCGCGGACGCGAUGCGGGAGGUGAUCUUCCACAUCGCGGCGCUGCAGCCGGUGGAGAUCGAGCCGGAGGCGGUGCGGCCCCCGAAGCGGCGCAACGUGCGCAUCUCCAAGGACCCGCAGAGCGUGGCGGCGCGGCUGCGGCGGGAGCGCAUCAGCGAGCGCAUCCGCACCCUGCAGCGGCUCGUCCCGGGCGGCACCAAGAUGGACACGGCGUCGAUGCUGGACGAGGCCAUCCACUACGUCAAGUUCCUAAAGUCCCAGGUGCAGUCCCUCGAGCGCGCCGCCGCCGCCGCCACCCACCGCGCCGCCGCGCUCGGCGCCGCCUUCCACCCCGCCCUCCACGCGCCGUGGCAGUACGCGGUCCCCCACGGCGACAUGUGACUACCACAACCCAAGCCUCUCGAUCGUUACCCUCGAGCGCGCGCGCUCGUCGAUUCGCCGCCGGCAUCUUCCGAUCGGUCGACGACGUACGACGGCCUCUUCUCCAUCUGCCGCCGCCGGUGCUGAUUCUUUUCUGCUGUAGUGUUGUGUGUGUGUGCAUCAUCUGUGCAUGAUCGCAUGCGCGUGUAUAGAGAUGUAGGAGAGCCUUUGGUACAUUCUAUUGUUGUAGCCGCAUACGACGUGGCUGCUCGAUCCAAUUUUUUGUUGGAGUCGCAGCCCGUGCAUGCGCGCGCGUACGUGCCCUACCCUACGUAGUAGGCUGUACAUUUCCUUGUACCUGCCCUCUAUCCAUCCAUCAGUUCGUUGCUUCGUUUUCGCACACGCUUCAA